AUGAUUUUUACAAUAAAAGAUUCUUUAAUAAUAAAUAAAUCAAUAUUAAGUCAAUUAAAUAAUAAAGAGAAUAAAGAAAACAAUUUUCUAUUAAAAGUAAUAGUAGAAAAUACAAAUAAAGAAUUAUCAGUAAUUUAUUUAAUUGAUACUAAACUGUUGGGUGUAGGUAGUAUAAUAGAAAUAAAAGAAUUGAAUUCUAAUAAAAUUUAUUAUGAUUUUAAAUUAAUAAAGAAAAUUGAAUAUCAGCAAAAUACAAAAAUAUUAACUACCCAUUUUAAAUAA